UGGGAAGAAAUGGAUUGGAAAAGCUAGGGUUUUCGCCAUGGCCAUCGCCCACCUCCAGCUCCCCGUUGUCGAAUCCAUUCUCCCCACGCUCUCCUCCUAGCUGCGGCAUCUCACAUCGCCGAAAAAAGGGGCCCGCCCGCUUCUACUCCGCUCCCCAAUUGGAGGGUUUCCCUCCCCUUCCCCCAAAUCGAAUCGCAGCAUUACCCGCCGAGCAAGCAACCCACACCCACUCACCCGCCUUUCAAGGUUCCUACUGCGCUGGCGAUCCAGCUGGGGGCGAGCGCAGCGGUGGCGGCCGGAUAAUCCAAUGUGUAUGCUCUGCGCCGUGCAGCGCUGGUCGCGGCGCGUCGCCACCAUGCUCCCGUGGCUCGUCGUCCCGCUCAUUGCCAUCUGGGCUGCUACCCAGCUACUCCUCCCGGCCGCCUACCGCUUGGAGGUCACCUCCCCGCGCCUCGCCUGUGUCUCCGUCCUCCUCCUCACCCUCUUCUGGUAUGAGAUCCUCCUCCCGCGGCUCUCCCUCUGGCGCGCUCGUCGCUCCGCGCGCCUCCGGGAGGAGCGCCGCGCCCACGCCCUCGAGCUCCACAAGCUCCGCAAGAUUGCCACCCGACGCUGCCGCAACUGCAGCAACCCCUACAGGGAGCAGAACCCCGGCGGCGGCAAGUUCAUGUGCUCCUACUGCGGCCACGUCUCCAAGCGCCCCGUGCUCGACCUUAAUUCGACCGGGAAGGCCUCCUCCAGGUGGCCCUGCGCUCAAGAUUGUGGAGACUGGCUCGACCUGCGCUGCUCUGCCAGCCCCAGUACCUCCUUCUGGGGGUUCUCAUGGCACCUACUGUUGUCGUUUUUUACAACAACAGUGAGGUGGCUCUUGAGGAAGACAUUCAGAUUUACAUCGUCAGGUGACGGUGAGGGCUUGGGCCCAGAUGGUAAGAGGUUGGCAAAGGCAGGGGAUAAUGGAGGAAAAGCUGAGGAGAGCAGGGUCGAGAAGGCGAGGAGGAAGGCAGAGGAGAAGAGGCUGGCAAGGCUGGAGAGGGAAAUGCUGGAGGAGGAAGAAAGGAAGCAGCGGGAAGAGAUGACAAAGCUGGUGGAGGAACGCAGGAGACUGAGGGAUGAGAAAGCUGCGGCAGAGGAGCGGUCCAAAAGCGCUACCCCUGUUGGGGAGAAGGAUGCUAGGAAGGAGGCAGAGAGGCGGCGCCAGGAGAGGAGGAAGAAAGAGGACAAGGGGCCAAGCAAGAGUAAUUCAGAUUGUGAGGACAUUGAUAGACGGUUGGGCCGAGAAGGCGACAUGAAGCGGGCCUUCGAUAGAAAGAUUGAGUCUGACAGACGUGAGGGUUACAAGCCUCAUUACUUUGAAGCUAACAAUCGUAGUAAUAAGACAGUGGAGAGCAGGGCAAAGUACUUUGGCCGUAUGACGGGUGGUUUCUUAUCUUCGUCAAGAGGGUUUGGUGGUGGUUCCUUCUUUGGCAGAAGUAUCCAGGCCCCUGCCCCUCAAGUUAACAAGGUUAGUAGACCCAUAGUUCCUGCAACUGACCAGGGCAAUGCAGCCAAAAGGGAUGUCCAACAUGCAUCCACACAAGCUGCAGCCAAAUCUACUUCAGCUGGGGAAACCAGAAAUUCAUGGACUAAUUUUAAUCGACCGGUCAGCCCAAAUGUGCAGCCAGCCCCUACCAGCUUUAAAAAGUCAUGGCAUCAGCUGUUUAGUCGUUCAGCAUCAGUCUCCCCUUGUCCUGAUGCUACAACUUCAGCUCGUGAUACGAAUCAGAAGCCAGAGCCAAAUGGAGCGCAACUAAGCAAUGCUUAUACAUUCCUCUUUCAGUACCCUCCUCUUGACAGCAAGCCAAGUUCGAGCCAGUCCAUGCAAUUUCCAGGUUUUCCACCGCUUAAUGGAGCACCUCCCAAUAAGCCACUACCUCAUUUUCCUGCUGGACAUAUGCCAUUCUAUGAUGAUGCAGAAUCUGUGGUAUUUGAAGAUCCAGAACAGUUUGAGGACCCAUGCUAUGAUCCCGAUGCAAUCGCAUUGCUUGGGCCAGUUUCAGAGUCUUUAGAUAAUUUCCCUCCAGACUUGGAUUGUGGAUUCAUCUCGAGUGAUGUUGUCAAGGAAUCACAUGGGAGGCCUUCACCAAUUGAGUCUCCUCUCUCUAGGUCUCGUAUGGUUGAAGAAAAUCCUAUCAAGCCCCUGCACUUGUUAGUUGCAAAAAGGCCUGGUGGUCCUAUUCAGCCUGAGGCUAGCAGUGAGCAACGCACAUGGCAAAUGUGGAGCACACCAUUGGUUCAUGAAAGUUUAGGUCUCCAAGGUCAUCAAAGUCAGUGGCUUCAACAGACAAAUCAAUUAAACUAUAGUGCCAAUGUUUUCAAUGGCAGAACAAACGCCCCCCUGGGUACUGGUUUGAAUGACAGUGAUCCUUGGCUGCAGAAAGCACCUUUCAAGCAAUUGCCACCUGAUACUCCAAGCCUGUUCCUUCCACAUGAAAUACCAGGGAAAUUACACAACGACUUGGUUUUUGGGUCUCCAAACAAAUCAGCACGUGAACACCCCUUUGGAUCACCUGGUCCUUCUUGGCCCAAGGAGGAACUGUCGUUGAGUGGAGCCCAGGAAGGUGGUGGCCAUUUUUCAUUGCUGUCGGGCGCACAUGUUGGCGGCAGCGGAGACUUAUUUUGCUCCACAAGUCCUGAUGUGCAGUCCUUGGUGUGGUCUUUCAACGAAAAGGAGACAGCAUAGCAGGGACGGACUUUGUUGUGGAAGGAAAUGGAGGAUGUCUGACUGAGCCAAAACCUCCUUGCCUCCUCUGAGUGUCACAGGGCGGGGUUAAUCGGCGAGGAGAUAAGUAGUCUCCCUCCAUGUCCCUUGGCGCAAAGAAGAUUUGGGGGGGGGGGGGGGGGGGCAUUUUGUUUAGUAUCGACUCCUCUCACCUGACCUGUUACCACGCGCCAUCUUACUUUCACCUGAUGGGUCGUUGUAUGAACUCUGGGAUUCAAUGAAAAAUGGGGCUGAUUUGUUUCAA